CGUCUCGGUCAAGAAAACUCCUUCGUCAUACUUGAGAACCAAGCCUAGGGUCCCAGCUUCUAUGCCAUCUUAUGGUAAAAUCCGCUGAAUAUAGUUUACGAACGUGCACUCACCCAAUCGCACAAUCCUAUAUGCCGUAGAUCACCUCAACUCGCCAGCUCAACAACACACCUACUGUUCAACAGUCCGCCACUCUCACCAACGACGACAUGCUCCCAACGCCGCACCUCCGGGUCAUCCAGACGGGCUACAGCCAAGCCCCACGUCUGCCAUUCAAGGACAAGCUGCGCCUGCUCAAGAAGCACACCCCCCUCGAGGCCGUCCCGCUGCUGUUUGUGUGUGGCUUCAUGCUCUCUGUGGCCGUGGCUACGGCACAGCGUCGACUUGGGACGGAUGUCAAUCUGCGGCUGUCGAGGCAGAAUCGAUUGCGAGAGGAGUGAUGAGGGGAAGGAUCAGACGGAUAUGUGGUUACUGGUGGUAGUGAUAUAUUAACGUGUGAGCAGGAAGAGUAGGAAUGAAGACGCAGAUCUACGACCGAGCUUCAUCUCCCUUCGUGUACAGUGAGGAUGGUCAAGAGACCUGGUGCCAGCUUAUUCUUAGGAAUAGAAUAAUAUUGUACAAAAGUCCCUCUCGG